CCACCGAAGAAGUAUUCUCAGGGCUUCCUCUCCCGAGCCAAACAACGCCGCCGCCGCCGCAGCCGCCGGAAGAGGUGUUCGCCGCUGGCAAGUCUUCGAGGAUGGGGUACCACCGCAAUAGGCGCGGGCGUGGAUCCUCGUCGUCCUCCUCCUCCUCUUCGCGCCGCACCAAGCAAGAAGCCUCGUGCGAUGAUGCUCCUGGGACAUCACUUCCAAGGCAGGAAGACAACGCCGAAGAGGAAUCUAAUAGCCCAAAAAUUCAGCUUGCAAUGUGGGACUUUGGGCAAUGCGAUGCUAAAAGAUGCACUGGUCGUAAGCUUUCAAGAUUUGGGCUGUUAAAGGAGUUGCGAGUUACUAAUGGUUUUGGUGGUGUUGUUCUCAGCCCUGUUGGGACACAUUGUGUGUCAAAGGAAGAUCAUCCUAUCGUGCAACGAAAAGGAUUGGCUGUGGUUGAUUGUUCUUGGGCACGUUUAGAUGAUGUCCCUUUUGUGAAACUCCGUUGUGGUGCUCCUCGUCUCUUGCCAUGGUUGGUAGCAGCAAACCCUGUGAAUUAUGGCCGGCCAUGUCAGCUUUCCUGUGUGGAAGCUUUAUCAGCAGCCCUCAUAAUAUGUGGGGAGGAAGAGACAGGAGAACUGCUGCUUGCAAAAUUCAAGUGGGGUCACUCAUUCUUAUCACUUAACAGGGAUCUGCUCAAAGCAUACUCCAAGUGUGAAAAUGGCACUGAGAUAAUCAAUGUGCAGAACUCGUGGCUGGCAAGUGCAUCGAGUGUUCCAAAGUCACCUGUAAACGUGGCAGAUAAAUCACACGCAGGAUCAGAUUCUGAAUCUGACGAUGGCUUGCCCCCUCUGGAAGAGAACAUGAACCACUUGGACCUCAGCGGGGAUGAAGAAAGCGAAGAGGAAAGUGAAAUUGAAAACGAAGACACGAAAUGAUGUUUGUGUGCCCGAUCGAAAUAAGAUAAGGUGCCUUGAGGUGUUGGUCGUGGGUCUGAAGACAAUCUAUAUGUCUGUAUACUUGCAUUGCCUGCUUGCUUCGCGUACCAGUUUAUGUAUUUUUCUUUUGAGGGAUUCGUGUAUGAGUAUAUGUAAGCGUAAACUGUAAACACACACACUCUUUGAGAAGAUGAGUGCGCUUUUUAGACUAUAUAAAUGUUGCCAUUAUUGUUCCAUA